AUGCAAGUCAGGUACCCGGCGCGCAGGUACAUGUCGACGUAUGUUGAUAGAUUGAUGUUGCAGCAGGCUACCAGGGCGGCAAACAGCGCGGCGGCGGCGGCGGGCGUGCCAACCAGAGGCACCAGCCCUACUAGACACAAACCAGUACCUGCCGAUAGUCAUCUCAGUCCAAUAGUAAGGUUAAGCGAUCGGUCGCGCGUCCCCCGCGCCGCAGCCGCCGCCGUGUCG